UUACUGUUUGUGACUUAGGGACCCAAAGAGGACCAGGAGUCUGAGUCGGAACUAACUGUGACUCAACUGAAGGCGCUGCGUAAGCAGCAGCAGGCAAAAUUAGAAAAGACAAUGUUGGGAGAGGACUCUGAUGAGGAAGAUGAAAAAGAGGAGAAAAAUGAGAGGAGUCAGAACACUGAUAUGAGCUGCUCAUGGGGAAUGGGGGAGGAUGCUGAGGAGGAUGAGGUUGAAGAAAACCCUAUUGCUAUUGAUUUUCAGGAUGUACAAGAUGCCUUUUAUAUGAAAGAUCCUAGGAAGGCCUUACAGGGCUUUUUUGACAGAGAAGGAGAAGAGUUAGAAUAUGAAUAUGAUGAUCGUGGGCACAAUAGCUGGCUAUGCAGGAUAAAGUUGCCUGUGGAUGAUGCAUCAGGGAAGCAGCUGGUGGCAGAGGUUCUCCACUCAGGAAAGAAGAAGGAAGCAAUGAUACAGUGUGCCCUGGAAGCUUGCAGACUACUUGAUGCUCGGGGAGUACUAAGGCAAGAAGCAGUAUCCCGAAAAAGGAAAUCCAAGAACUGGGAAGAUGAGGAUUUUUAUGACAGUGAUGAUGACACCUUCCUUGAUCGAACUGGUGCUGUAGAAAAGAAACGGCUGAACAGAAUGAAAAAAGCUGGUAAAAUAGAAGAAAAACCAGAGACUUAUGACUCCCUGGUCAAAAAGCUAAGUGAAGCUGAAAAUGAGCUUUCUGAGAUAACAGAGAAGCUGAAGUCUUCAGGGAAAGUCCACUCCCAGCCAGCACCUCAAGAUUCCUUGGAUGAAUUCAUGACUGAAAUAAAAUCAGGAUCUACCUUAGACAGUGUGGCACGAAAGAAGCUUCACUUGAGGUCCUUUGAACUGAAGAAAGAGCAGCAGAGGCUGAAAGGGUUAAUAAAGCUUGUCAAGCCUGCAGAACUGCCUGAGCUGAAGCCCCAUGGGAGUUACGGUCUGGAAGCAGAGGGCAAGCCUAAAAAGAUUACCCUGCCUCUAUUUGGUGCAAUGAAAGGUGGGAGCAAAUUCAAGCUGAAAACUGGAAGCCUAGGGAAGUUGCCUGCUAGGCGUCCAGAAAUCCCUGAAAGCUUGUUAAAAACGAAAGAUGAUGGACCAGAGGAGGAGGAAGAGGAAGAAGAAGAAGAAAUGGAGGAGAAACAAGAAAUAGAUACAAGGAACAGCAGAGCAUCAAACGUGGAAAUGAAAAUUACAGCAGAAGAAGAAACAGGAAAAGAAGCUAAUGCUGCUGAUGAUUCUUCUUGCAAUAGCAAGAAUCUAGAAUCCCUUCAAGAUGGGGUUCCUUUUCUGCCGGAGCCCAAGGUACUAAGGAAUGAAUCUCAGAUGGGACAAGAGAAAUCUCAAGCAUCUGAGGCAGUAUGUAAGGAACCUGAAGAGACAUCUGAGGAAGUUAAGAAAAUCAGCAGCUCAAGCAAGGCAAAACAACCACCAUUUUUUUCCUCACAGUACCCAGAUGAUGACCCAGACUACUGCAUAUGGGUUCCUCCUGCAGGUCAAAGUGGUGAUGGCAAGACUCAUCUCAACGAAAAAUAUGGCUACUAA